GGAACACGAACAUGGCCUCCGCUGCGCGCCCCUAGCCAGCAUGGCGCGUGCGAUGCUCCCGAACAAUGGCACAUGCAGCUCCCAUCCCGCAAGGGCUCGCCCGUCCGCCGCCGCAGGACGGGCCUUUCGUCCUCCGCAAGCUUGUCGCAGGCCUACAGUUGUCCGCUGACGGCGAGCACCCAGACGCGCGCAUCACCUGUGUCGAAGUGUGGGACGGCAAUCUCUACGUGGGCACCUCCGCCGCCGAGAUCCUCCACUUUGUGCUCCUGCCGCCUGAAGCAAAUGACCCUACCGCCGAGCCCACUGCUAUCAUCGCCUCCAGACUCGAGCCUCCACACAACGGCACCAACGGCCCCGGCGUGCAGCAAAUCCUCAUCCUCCCCAACAUCUACAAAGCCUGCGUGCUCUGCAAUAACACCCUGUCCAUCUACUCGCUGCCGGAGCUAAGCCCAGACUCCACUUUCAAACCCAUAUCAUGCCUCUGGGUCGGAGGCGUAGAUCUGAAUGAGGAAGAGGGGGACGAUGGCGGCGUAGUAGUAGUAAUUGGCCUGAAGAAGAGGCUUCGACUGGUCCAGAUCACCGAAAACUCACAGCCGAGAUCAGUCAAGACGAUCGAGUAUGGUGGAUGUCUAGUCUCUGUUAGACGAGAGACCUUCUCUUGCGCCGCAGACAGUCACUCGUAUGCCUUGCUGGAUGUCAUGCACCAGCAGAAAGUUGGCUUGUUUCCAAUCUCCUCCUUAGACCCAGAUGCAGGCGACGUGGGCGGCGCUGCUGAGACCAUUGCAACCGUGCCUCAAGCUCCCUCGAGAAGCGGGUCAUCAGCAAGCACACAGCCAGGUCAGGCCGGCCACAAAGGUCACAACCGAAGUGCGAGUCUCAACAUCAUGGGGAUAGGCAGCGGCCCGUCUUCUCGUACUGCAAGCCCUCGGCCUCCAGCACAACGCUACGGGUUCGAUGUGCCUGAGUCCCUGUCUCGGACUGCUUCGCCAGCUCCAGGUCACUCACCUGCCCGAUCUCCCACGAAGCAAUCCGAGGGAGAUCCUGCUGAAGGUACGGCUACUGACAAACCUCUCCCACCUCCGCCGAGUGCAGGAGCACCUCAAGUUGAGGUACAGGAAGUUCCGAAGCCGCCAGCAUUCAUUCCCCUUCGACCGCACAUUGCCUCACCGAAUCCUAACGAAUUCCUUCUCACCGUUGGCACCACACCGUCUGAACAAGGUGUCGGCAUGUUCGUCAACUUGGACGGUGAUAUGUGCAGGGGAAGCAUCCAAUUUAGCAGCUAUCCAGACGCAAUCAUCGUCGAUGGCUCGGGCAUAGACUUGACAUCGUCCAUGGGCCCUGAUAUGGAUGCCGAGGAAGGCUAUGUGCUUGCAGCAGUUCACCGAGGGCCUGCGGAUAAGCUAGAGUACGGUAUUGAAGUUCAAAGAUGGGAUGUGGAAGGUGAAGACACCAAAGCUUGGCUGAAUCUUGAUUGUCUAGGCUUGUCAGUGGGAGGAGACAGCACGCAUAUCGCUGAGCCGUUGAGCAUGCGCACUGUCGUUCAGCACUACGAUCUUGUUCUUCCCGAGAUCGGGACCAAACUUACCGUACAGCGGCUACAGCUGCCCUCUACCAGGGGCUCGGGAUCAGCGGAGGCGACGAAGGCCCCUGCAACAGCUCAAGAGCAAGCAGACCUUGAGUUCACAAAGCGUUUGUCCAAACUCAGAUCCCGCAACGUGGUGUGGGCUGGCAACCAGAUAUGGUGGGCUGUUCGAAACCCGCUUGUGACGCGAUUAGAUUCUCGCCUGGAGCAAGUCCAGUUUGCAGAAGAUGGGAAAACGAUACAGCCGAAUCGCAAUCCUGUUGAAAGAGUACUUGGCGAUAUACGAGGGCAAGACCCUCGUAAUGAAUCGGAGUAUCUCAGUCUUAUUUACAUUCGUCAAAAAGCAUCAGUGCUUCUGUUCAUGGACGUCGUUCUUCGCACAAAGACCAACAUUCUCAUAUUCGAAAACGAAAAGCGGAUCACCGAACAAGCCCUCAUCGAAGGUGAGGUAGACCCCAGGAUAGUUUUGUCGAUGUUGCCGGUCUUGAGCCAGGAAGUUGUUCAGGGAAGCGAAGGUAUCCAGGUAUCCGGAGGCAUCACGACAGUUAUCGAGCAGUUUUUGCAACAAAACGAUCUCUCCACAAUACCGACAGAUGUCAAAGGCCCAUUCGGCGACAAUCUGCUUCAUUUUGUCAAAAGAUAUCUUCAGUUCUGGAAGAGACGGAAAGGCAUGGCAAGCGUCACCAGCGAUCCGUUCGUCUUCAGCACCGUCGACGCUGCAUUGUUGCAUAUCCUGCUGCUACUAGAUCAAGGCAGUCCAAACGGCAGUUCAAGUCCAGGCACGUUCCGAGCCGAGCUUCACGACCUUGUCGAUAAGGAGGUGGAGUGUUUCGAUCGGGCUGUAGAGUUGCUUGAGCAAUUUAAGCGGCUCUAUGUGCUUAGCAGGCUUUAUCAAAGCAAUUGCAAGGCCUCGGUCAAGGCUUCGAAAGUGCUAGCUACAUGGAAACGUAUCAUUGAUGGAGAGGAAGACGCGGGCGGUGCUUUCGUGGACGGCGAGAAUGAGCUUCGCAGGUAUCUUUCACGCAUAAGAGACCAGUCGCUAGUCGAGGAAUACGGCGCAUGGCUAGCGAACCGCAACCCAAAGCUUGGUGUACAGAUUUUCGCAGACGACCACAGCCGAGUCAAAUUCGAACCUACACGCGCCGUCGAACUACUGAAAGAGAGGGCUCCAGGUGCUGUCAAGGAGUACUUGGAAUACCUCGUCUUCGGCAAGAAGCACACACGCUACGUCAACGAACUCAUCGCGUUUUACCUUGACACAGUAAUCCACGAGCUCGAGUCCAACCCUUCCUCCCGCGCCACCCUUUCGCAGACUUACGAAACCUACCGUAUUCUCAUUCCCCCAAAGCCCACAUACCACCAAUUCAUAACCGACAAUGCCAUUCCAGCAGAAUGGUGGCAGGCACGCCUGCGUCUGCUCCAACUUCUCGGCUCCAACCAGCCCGCCACAUCCUCUUACGAUGUCGGCUCGAUACUGGCGCGCCUCGCACCCUAUGAAAACGAGCUGGUGCCGGAGAUGAUUAUCCUACAUGGGCGUCAAGAGCAGCACCAGGAAGCGCUGAGACUGCUGACGCACGGUCUGGGCGACUUUGGCACAGCGAUCAGCUACUGUUUGUACGGAUACAGCUCGAUUUUUCGCCCAACUACAUCCGGAACACUGCCUGUACCGCAGUCAGAACUACCCCCGCGCGCUGAACAGAGCCGACUCUUCAAUUUCCUGCUCCAGGAGUUCCUAAACAUUGAGGAUCUGUCGCAGCGCAUCGAACGGACAGGCGAGCUGCUCGAGAGAUUCGGCGGCUGGUUCGAUAUCGGCGAGGUGCUGGCGCUGCUGCCGGAUGAGUGGAGCGUGGACAUCUUCUCUGGGUUCCUGAUCAACAGCCUCCGACGCAUGGUGAGAGAGAAGGCGGAGAGCGACAUCGUCAAGGCGCUGAGCGAUGCGCAGAACAGCCAGACGAGUGCUGAGCUCGUGGGGAGAAGGGAAGCGGCCGGCCCCACGAUUGAGAGGGUUAGCUGAAUGAGAGAAGGAGCGUAGAUGGCGAUU